AUUCCAAUCGGAUUCAGUGCUUAUCUUGCGCCAAUGUAAAUCGGACGUGAAUUUCUACACGGAUACCUAAGUUUUGUCGUUGUCUCCUCUGUCUCUGAACAGUGUGUUUGUUUUGUAUUACACCGCGUCAGCCAACCCGUCCCCCGCCCGCACAAUCGCCGCCGAUGCAAACAAAGAGUGGAAAAUUUUCAAUUUCCAAAGCAGUCGAAACCUUUUACUAUUGAAAAGUUUGCAACGUUCUGCUUAAUUGCGUAGCAAAAAAUUGAGUUUAUUUUUGGCCAGAGUCGAGUACUGGCCUAAAUUCCUAUUGACCGUAUAGACCCUCUUUCUUGGAUGGGUGUGAAGCGUAGCAUGCAAGUAAAUUGGAGCAACAAGGACUGUUUGGGUCUCCGUAAGCGUGUCUGUGGAUUGCAUCAAACCUGGAAGUGGCUUCACCAGACACCCGCCCUUCACGAAUAUCUCAUCUCGGCCAGCUCGGUGGCAGCAAAUACAGCAGCUUGCGAGUCCAAAAGGUUCUAAAGUCCAAAGCCAACCGCGUCGCAACCAAAAAGCAAUAAACCAAAAGGAAGGAAUACGACAAAAAAAAUAACCAAAAAAAAAUAAA